AUGGAUUACCAGAAUCGUGCAGGAUCCAAAUUCGGUGGCGGUGGUGUUGCAUCCCACUCCGCAACGAAUGCAGACCGUCGUGAGCGUCUUCGCAAGCUUGCCCUCGAGACAAUCGACCUCGACAAGGACCCCUACUUCUUCAAGAACCAUGUCGGAAGCUUCGAAUGUCGUCUAUGCUUGACGGUCCACCAGAACGAUGGCUCGUAUCUCGCCCAUACUCAGGGCCGCAAACAUCAGACAAACCUGGCCAGACGUGCGGCGCGGGAGCAGCGCGAGGGCAAAAACCAAGAUCCAUCGAUGCUGCCCGGUGCGAUGGGUGUGCAGGUCAAGAAACAGACUAUCAAGAUCGGACGGCCCGGUUACAAGAUCACCAAGAUUAGAGAUCCUUUGACGAGGCAGCUUGGUUUGCUGUUCCAGUUACAGUAUCAGGAGAUUACGCCUGGGGUCACGCCCCGAGUACGGUUUAUGUCUGCAUUCGAGCAGAAGGUUGAGGAGCCCCCAGACAAGAACUUCCAGUAUCUCGUCGUCGCUGCCGAGCCAUAUCAGACGUGUGGAUUUAAAUUGCAGGCCAGGGAGAUCGACCGCAGAGAGGGUCGCUAUUGGACCUGGUUUGAUGAGGACAGCAAGGAGUUUUGGAUCCAGAUCAUGUUCAAAACCGAGCGAGAAGAGCGAUUUAGCGGUGUUCCGGGUCUGGCACCAAUGGGACCCAGAGCUUAA